UAGUCUGGCUUUUCUAGCUGGGGCUGGGAUGGAGAAAUCGCUUUUCGGAGAGUGAAUCAAUGUGUCACAAUGGGUUUAGGAACCCGCCACUGAGACCCACUGAGACCCACGGGAUAAGAACCAUUUCCCUCUUGCCCAUACAACUCACAAGGAAACAAUUACUCUGUUUUGGUUAGGGAUCAUCAGCUGGAGUUCCCAGCUGUCCCCACGCACAGUUGCCAGUGCAGAGGCAAGACAGAUUGUCAAAGCAUCUGCUUUGGAAUUCUAGGGAAUUCCUUCUAUCACAAAACAGAGUUGGCCACAGGGUAAUAGGAGAAGAGUAAUGUAUCGGAUGUUUAUUUCCUUCCACCUUGUUCCUGGUAUGGGGGAACUUUGAGGCUUCUCUUCCUUGGCAUGAAGUGCAUAGUUACUGGGGGCAAUGUGAAAGCCCUGGGGAAAGCAGUACACUCUCUCUCCCGCAUUGGAGAUGAAAUCUACGUUGAGCCGCUACAGGAAGGGCUCUCCUUGCGUACCGUCAAUGCAUCUCGCUCAGCCUAUGCCUGCUUCCUGUUUGCCCCACUCUUCUUCCAGCACUACCAAGUGGGGGAAUCAGGAUCUGACUCGGAUGCAGGGGGCUUCCGAUGCAAAGUGCUCAUGAAGUCUUUCCUGGCUGUCUUCCGCUCACUCCCCACCCUGGAGAAAACUGUGGAAAAAUGUCUGAUCUUGCUAAGCUCCCGGGCUAGCCGGUUCCGUGUGCAGCUGCAUUGCAAAUAUGGUGUUGUCAAGACCCAUGACUUGUCAUUCCAGGAGUGUGAAUCGCUACAGGCAGUCUUUGACACAGGGCAGUGUGCCCAUGCUCUGCGUGCCCCUCCCAGGCUAUUGGCGGAUGCUGUGGUGCAUUUUCCACUGACCCUGGCUGAGGUGACCCUGGCCGCCAGCCCUGCUGGGAAGGUGACCUUCUGCAGUUACCUGGAAGAAGAGACAGAGCCUAGCCGGAUGAUGGUGACAGAGCUCUGUUUGAGUGAGGACGAGUUCCAAGCCUUCCAUGUCAAGGAAGAGACACAAGUCACUUUCUGCCUCAAGGAAUUCCGGGGCCUUCUGAGUUUCGCCGAGUCCUCAAAUCUUCCCCUUAACAUCCACUUUGACAUUCCUGGCAGGCCAGCUAUCUUCACUGUGGAAGACCCUGUGCUGGACGUGCACCUGGUCCUGGCCACACUGUCAGAGCCAGAUAGAGAGAGCUCACAGAAGACGAGCAGCACACCCAAGCCCUUUGCCCCAGCUUACGAUUUCACCAGUGAUGACAUGGAUGCCUACAUGAUAGCCAUGGAAACCACAGGUGAUGGCGCAGAGAGAGCAGAAGCACCUCCCAGCCCCACCUUCCCCACACGGCGCACCAAUUCUGAUACAAGGGAAUCGGAGAGCGACCACGAGGGGACAGUGCCUGGCACGCCGCCACAAAAAAGGUUCCGCUCCUUGUUCUUUGGAUCGGUCCUAAGCCCAUCACAGACCCUGGUCUACCCAUCUUCCAGCCAGGAGGUGUUGGCAGAAGACAGCGAGGGUGAAGCAUGAGAGGCCCCCAACCAUUGGUGCAUGAUAAGACACCUCAGCUCGUGGGCAGGAGAUUCAAGCUAAGCAGCUCAAGCGCUUCUUUGGUGGAUCCUAGUUCACCCCUCUCCAGCCACCUCUCUUCUUCUUCCCCAAAGAAUCAACUCAGACCUCUCCUUAUAGCAGCCCUCUACCAAAAAAAAAAAAAGUUAAAUGAGUGGCUGUGCCAUCAUGGAGAAUACACUUCUGUAGGUAGAUUGGCUGCAGUAUUAUUUCAAAUCUUGGAACAGGGGCUGUCAAGAUAGGGGGACCUUCUUUCAGUGGGUUUGUGGCUAAUAUACAUAGACCUCAAAUACUUAUUUUCUAAUAAAUAUAUUUUUAGAUGUUUUGACUGAA